AUGACCCGAAUCCAAAAGCCCGAGUUCCGUCACGAUUCAAGAGUAUCUCAAGAUCAACAGGGAAACGAGGCCCCAAAUUGGUUGGCUCAACGCCUGGACCAUUCGACCCCGUGGGGAAGCCGCAAGAAAAGCGGGUCUGGUAGCACCGCCAACCCCGCACGGCGCCAGUCUAGACUUUCGCGUAUCCUGAUGACGUUCUGCUUCUCUAUCGCACGUUCAACUCGUCGCCCACAAAUUCAUCGCCGCAGCCACCGAGUAAUGCUUGCGGGAUCUGCGGGAUCGCCGUGCGGCGGAUCUCAAGUAGUGUUGGAGGCGUGGACACGAGAUCUGAUACCUCUACAGGCGAAGCAUCGCUUGGAAAAGCUUGGAUACGCUUGCUGUCAUCCCGCUUCCAUGGGCCGCUUAUUGGCUGAGGACCAUAGUACCGAUCCCUGCAUUGCCCUACCACUACCGACGACGUCCCCAGAGCUUGCAACCGUGUUGAUGUUCACGCGCGCUAAACGAGUGGAGGCAAGGGCGGGAUAG